AUGUCGUUCUUCUAUGUGCGGAAUGAGAACCCGGCCUUCGAGCGGAUCAACCUGCCGGAGUACAACCUGGCACCGCCAGUCGGUCGGAUCAACUGGGGCUACAACGCCAGGACGACGGACCCAGACGCGGAGGUGAACCAGCUCUGGGACUUCCUGGGGGCCUGCCUUUUCGACCGCCAGGGCCUUGAGGACGGCGACCUCGCGCAGAAGGUCUGGACGCCGGAUCACGCUGAUCCGGCUGAUCAAGCCGGCGACCAAGCCGGCAACGACGAGCUGCUGCAGCUAGUCCAAUUAUCAUCUCCAUCGCCGGAAUUGCAAGAUCAUCGCCGCCGGAGCCCGCAGAACAUCUACAUCGACUGGAGCCUCGCCAAGCUCCGCCGCUGCACCAGGAGCUUCUUCACCCUCAACAACCUCGCCUCGUACCUCUCCACGAUCGCCGGCGGCCUGGGAAACGCCUGCGCCGACCGACUGCAGGUUUUGGCAACCGCACCGCAGCACGCCGAGGAGGCCCCACCCCACCCCGCCGGGCCAUCCCUCAUCUCGCUCGAAUCACCAGACUGCCACUCGCCACCCACCCCCACCACAACCCAAAAGGUAGAGCCAACGCCCAGAUUUUUUCGCCAAGAGCGCCACCAAGAGCGAGCGAGCCAGCGCCAGAGCUUUUUCUCCACCCCCCGACAUGACGCCGCAUCUAGCCGUGUCCUCCCACCCCGCGCACCACCUGCCCGACGCGCCGCCGCACCGCCGCCGCCGCCGCCGCCGCCUCUGCCCGCCGCGCGCCGCGCGGGCCGGCCCUCGCUCCGAUGCCGCGCCGCCGCCGCCACGGCCGCCGCCGUGCCGCAGCCGCCGCGGGCGCCCGACGCGGCGGCCAGGACCAGGGUCUUCGUCGUCUCCGACCUGCACACCGACUACCAGGAGAACAUGGACUGGGUGCGCCGCCUCGCCGUCGGGGUCGGCCCGCCCGACGCCGGCGGGGUCAACGCGCUCGUCGUCGCCGGGGACGUCGCCGAGACCAGGGACAACUUCGCGCGCACCAUGGGCGCCCUCAGGGACCAGUUCGACGCCGUAUUCUACGUGCCGGGGAACCACGACCUCUGGCUGCGCCGCGAGGAGGACGGGCGAUACAUGGAUUCGCUGGAGAAACUGACUGCAUUGCUUGAUGCGUGUAGUGAGCUGGGUGUGGAUACAGGCCCCAAAACUAUAGGUGACUUAGGGAUCAUACCAUUGUUCUCAUGGUACCACAAGAGCUUUGAUAAGGAAAAGGAUCUUACCAGUGUGCGUGUUCCUUCAUUAGAGAUGGCUUGUAAAGACUUUCAUGCUUGCAAAUGGCCUUCAGAAUUGGGAAGUGAUGAUGAGGCUCUUGCUCUUUACUUUGACCAGUUGAAUGACAAAUACAACGAUGCUAUUGAAGAAGUAAAAAAGAACAGCAAACAGAUACUAACUUUUUCACACUUUGUACCAAGGCAAGAGCUAUGUCCAGAAAAGCGAAUGCUUUACUAUCCGAACCUUCCGAAGGUCAUCGGCUCUGAUUAUCUGGAGAGGAGGUUGAGAGCUAUACACAACAACGCUGAAGGUGGAGCAGCCUGCCAUGUAUUCGGACAUACACAUUUCUGUUGGGAUUCUAUGAUUGACGGAAUCAGGUAUGUACAGGCACCUCUAGCAUACCCCAGAGAAAGGAAACGGAGGAUGAACGGAGGCGAAGGAUGGUUGCCAUUUUGUGUAUACCGUGAUGGCUUCAACCCUGAAAUAUAUCCGGCUAUAUGGUCUGACUAUUACAAUAAGAACAAAAGGGAGCCUGAGAACACUCAGCUCGCCCCGUGGGUUGCCAAAUAUUUUAGGAAGUACUACUGACCCCCUUGUUUGCCAAAAAAAGCCGGAGAGCUGUCCAGGGCAGCGCUGAAAACCUGCAUUUACCAAGAGGAAAAAAAUGAAGAAAAGGAGAGAUUGACGUUUUACAUGUACAUGUUUUUUUUUUUUUCUUUUUUUGCGUUCUUUCUUGUUUUCACCUUGCUACAACUCACAGCUCUUGGGCAGUGAAGAGCCCACUUGUGUUGGAUGUAUGCUAAAAAAAUAAUGUAAAGAUCCUUGUAAAGCAGUCUUGCUGCAAAGAUAGUGAGAUGCAGAAGCCAUUAGAUAUCUCUGUUCA